UCAUGCUGCUGCCCAGGUCCAGAGUCUCUCAUGGGUCCCUGUACGGCCUCCCAUUGCUGCUGUCUCCAUCGCCACACUCUGCCAUGUGCCACUUUCAGGUCUCCUCACACUGCUGGUGUGUUCCAUUUUUUGACAUAGGGUGCUGGCAGAUUACGGGCCUCCCAUAGCUGCUGCCAGGCCCCUAAUCUGCCAUGGGCCCCUAUACCGCCUCCUCAUGCUGCUGCCAGGUCCAGAGUCUGUCAUGGGUCCCUGUACGGCCUCCCAUUGCUGCUGUCUCCAUCGCCACACUCUGCCAUGUGCCACUUUCAGGUCUCCUCACACUGCUGGGUGUGUUCAAUUUUUUGAC